GUGAAGGCCUGAAGGGUGUUGGUUGUGGCCGUAUGUAUGGUGGAUGACGAACUCAUUGAACUCGCUACAUGCUGGAUUAUGGUCACAGACUUAAAUAACCAUUAACCUUCAAAUCAAAUCACCAUAAUUUCACAGUGUGAUGGAUCCAUCAUCCCAAUUUUCUGUCUUUCCUUCUUCCCAACAAAACCCUAAUCCCAAUAAUGUUUCAUUGGACCCCAAUUCCGGUUCAAUCCAAAACCCUAACCCUAGCUUGAAUCACUACCUCUCUCUCUCUUUCACCGUUCCCAAGAAGAGGAGGCGUGGCAGGUCCCAACGCAAUCCGGCGGCGUCGUUUCGUGUUCCUCUCAUUCUCAAUGCUUCUUUCAAUGCUAACAAUAACAACAACAACAACAACGAUAUUGCCUCUUACACCACUUCUUCUUCUUCUUCGUCUUUUACCAGAAACCCAUUAUCAUCGUUACCUGACACCUCUGAUGAGAUUAUUGUGAUAAACAAAGAAGCCAAAACUGAAGCUUUGAUUGCUCUCACUGCUGGUUUUCCUGCGGAUUCACUCACAGAUGAAGAAAUCGAAGCUGGGGUUCUUACCGUUAUUGGAGGGAUUGAACAGGUGAAUUACACUCUCAUUAGGAACCACAUUAUUGCUAAAUGGCGUGAGAAUGUGUCCAAUUGGAUCACUAAGAACAUGUUCAUUGAUUAUAUACCUCAACAUUACCACACCCUUUUGGACUCUGCAUAUAAUUACCUUGUCUCACAUGGAUAUAUCAAUUUUGGUGUUGCUCCCCAAAUUAAGGAAAAAAUCCCAGCUGAACCGGGUAAAACGAGUGUGAUUGUUAUCGGAGCAGGCCUUGCCGGGUUGGCGGCUGCGCGGCAGCUAUUGCGAUUCGGGUUUAAAGUGACGAUUUUGGAAGGGAGGAAACGAGCUGGGGGUAGGGUUUAUACCAAGAAAAUGGAGGUAGGGAAUAGGGUAUGUGCAGCUGCGGAUUUAGGUGGGAGUGUUUUGACAGGUACACUUGGGAAUCCUCUUGGGAUUGUGGCGCGGCAAUUAGGUGAUAUGCUUCAUAAGGUGAGAGAUAGGUGUCCACUUUAUAGUCUGGAUGGAAAGCCAGUUGACCCUGAAAUGGAUGUGAAGGUGGAAUCUGCUUUUAAUAGGUUACUAGACAAGGCAAGCAGGCUUAGGCAAUUAAUGGGGGAGGUCUCUGUAGACGUGUCCCUUGGUGCAGCAUUGGAAACAUUCAGGCAAGUGUGUAGAGGAGAUUCAGUGAAUGAUGAGGAGAUGAACUUGUUCAAUUGGCAUCUUGCGAAUUUGGAGUAUGCUAAUGCGGGUUUGCUAUCGAAUCUUUCACUUGCUUUUUGGGACCAAGAUGAUCCAUAUGAUAUGGGAGGAGAUCAUUGCUUUUUGCCUGGAGGAAAUGGAAAGCUGGUUCAGGCUUUGGCUGAGAACGUGACUAUUUUAUAUGAGAAGACUGUGCAUACGGUUAGGUACAGUAGUGAUGGAGUGCAGGUUAUUGCAGGAAGUCAGGUAUUUGAAGGUGAUAUGGCACUGUGCACUGUUCCACUAGGUGUAUUGAAGAAAGGGUCUAUGAAAUUUAUACCGGAGUUGCCUCAAAGAAAACUUGAUGGAAUAAAAAGAUUGGGUUUUGGUCUACUGAAUAAGGUUGCUAUGCUCUUUCCUCAUGUUUUCUGGGAGAUGGAUCUUGACACAUUUGGGCAUCUUUCUAACGAUCCAAGUCGUCGUGGGGAGUUUUUUCUGUUUUACAGUUAUGCAACAGUUGCUGGUGGUCCCCUGUUGAUUGCUUUAGUAGCAGGGGAAGCUGCACAUAAGUUUGAGAGCAUGCCCCCUACAGAUGCAGUCACACGGGUUCUUCAAAUUCUCAAGGGUAUUUAUGAACCAAAAGGAAUCAACGUUCCUGAACCUAUCCAAACUGUCUGUACUAGAUGGGGUAGUGAUCCCUUCUGCUUUGGUUCUUACUCUAAUGUUGCAGUUGGAGCUUCAGGUGAUGAUUAUGAUAUUUUAGCAGAAAGUGUGGGAGAUGGUAGACUUUUCUUUGCUGGGGAGGCAACCACCAGGCGCUAUCCUGCAACUAUGCAUGGGGCUUUUCUAAGUGGUCUAAGAGAAGCUUCAAAUAUGGCCCACUAUGCUAAUAUUCGAUCACUGAGGAUGAAGGUUGAUAGGACCCCUUCAAAUGCUCAUUCUUGUGCUUCCCUUCUUGCAGAUUUAUUUAGAGAACCUGAUAUAGAAUUUGGGAGCUUUUCUGUCAUUUUUGCUCGGAAGAAUGCAGACCCCAAGUCACCAGCAAUCUUGAGGGUAACAUUUAGUGAGCCUAGAAAGAAGUGUCAUGAAGUUGCAAAACAAGACCAACAACAAUACUCAAACAAAUUACUUUUUCAGCAGCUCCAGUCACAUUUUAAUCAGCAGCAGCAGCUUCAUGUCUACACUUUACUAUCAAGACAACAGGUUCUUGACCUAAGAGAGGUGAGAGGCGGUGAUGAAAUGAGAUUGAAUUACCUUUGUGAAAAACUAGGAGUGAAGCUGGUGGGAAGAAAAGGAUUGGGGCUGAGUGCUGAUUCUGUCAUUGCUUCUAUUAAAGCUGAGAGGGGCAAUCGGAAACCUGUUUCAACCUCUAUGGCUCUUAAACCAGGGGUGUCAAAGUUGAAAGCGGGCAUUACGAAGCGAAAGUUAAUAAGAAAGGCAAAAGUGGUGAAAAAAAACAUUGGGUCCAUACUUCAUGCUAGCACGAAUGUGGGGGCUGCCACCAAAGCAUCAGAAGAGACUCGGGUAAUAGAUGAAGUGCUUCCUGAAGUGCCUGUUUCAGGGAGCAAUCAAAAUGACUUGUCAAAUCCAUAAAUGGAUGGCCUUCCCUUCACCUAGGAGAUCAUCAUAAUGCAAAUAAAUCCAAGAUCUCGAUGACAAUGUCAGAGGAAGUUGGCCCUUGAAUGAAGCACAGGCACUUUGCUGCCUCAAAGCAUCAUCCAACUAUUCGAGGCAAUAUCUCCUGCAAUCAUCGCAAGUCAUGAAUAUGUUUUGUGAUUGAAUAGAUCAUCAUAUGCUUGCCAUCCAAGUGAAGAACUUGCGAAUGGGCUAACUUAUAGCAUUGUGAUAGGUCUCAUUAUGCUCAUAUGUCCUGCAAAUUGAGACUGGCCAUCGUCCUUUUUAGGUUCAGUGCUACGUUUUUAGCCAGCAAACGGGUAAAAGAAUAUACAGUUUG